AUGAUACAGAGAAAGUGGCUGCUACAAGAUGCGCCACCCAUUCCACGGCCUGAUCUUGACCGUUCCCCGACACCACUUGGAAAUCCCGCCCUUUUGCCGUCAUCUGAAUCACGAGCUGUGGCUGUUGGCAUUGCCGGCCUUGAGCAGCGCGGACUCCAGACCCGCAAGAUCAACGAAGCGGUGCUGGGCAAUGCUUUUGAAGAUCUGGAGGCUCUGAUGGCAUCAGCGAAAGAUGUGGUUGCGCUGGCAGAGCGGUUUGCUGUUGAGUCAGGGUCACAAACAGGUGUCCCCGGAGUCUCGUCCGACCCUCUCGUCUCCCAGUCAGCGGCGGCACUCGGCAUGUUGGCAACAAGAGAUAUGAUCGGGGACAAUUCUUCUGCACUCUACAUCUCCGAACUGGCAAGAAACUUGGCCGAAUAUGCUACGGACGACCAACGGGGAAUAUUGAGACGUCAAGGCGGCACAAUGAGUCUGGUUGACUUAUGGGCAACGUUCAACAGAAGUCAGAAUGGGGUGGAACUAGUCAGCCCCUCUGAUUUCCACAAAGCGGCCGAAGCAUGGGAAAAGCUGGGCCUGCCUAUCAAGCUACGACGCUUCAAGAGUGGACUCUUGGUGGUGCAACAGCGGAAUGCAAGUGACGAGAAAACGGUUGGCCAGAUCAAAGGGUGGCUCACGUCACUAAAAAUCUCAACGGCUGCUACAUCAGAGGCAUGGGAUAGGUCGGCGUAUGGCAUUGGAGUAACGGCACAACAGGCAGCUGUACAGUUUGGCUGGAGCCUGGGUGUUGCAGCCGAAGAACUCGAGAUGGCAGAGGAGAGAGGUGCUCUCUGUCGGGAAGAAGGUGUAGAGGGCCUGAAGUUCUGGCUCAACUACCUGAUUGAAGACGAUUAG